AUGGAGACCCUCAAAGCAGUCUUUUUCGGGCCGGAUCCUCAAACGCAGAUGAGGAAAUGUAAUCAGCUUAUCCGCGCCAAUACCCGACAGUUGGAUCGGGACAUCGCACAACUGAAGACUCUGGAAAGCAAGACACGACAGUACAUUAUGAAUUCAUCGAAGCGGGCCCAGCGCAAUCCUUCCCAGGCCAAGCAGGCCAACAUGGAGGCUAAGACAUUUGCGCGAGAGCUUGUUCGCAUUCGCAAGCAGUCCACCCGUUUACACACCAGUCGCGCCCAACUGCAGAGCGUUCAGAUGCAGGUCAACGAGGCCUUUUCAGUUCGGAAGAUUCAAGGCAGCUUGAAGAAGUCUACGGGCAUCAUGAAGGACGUCAACACAUUGGUCCGGAUGCCCGAGUUGAAUGCCACGAUGCGUCAGCUGUCGACGGAACUAGUGCGGGCUGGAAUCAUCGAGGAGAUGGUCGAUGAUGCCAUCCCGAACAACGAAUUGCUGGAGGAAGAGGAAGAGGAAGCAGAGGAGGAGGUCGACAAGGUCCUGCAGGAGAUCCUGCACGGCAAGCUGUCUCAGGUCGAAGGGGUUCAGCCCGAGAAGCCAUUGGAAGAGGCUCCAGAACCGGAGGACGAGUUCGCGGAUCAAGAAGCGACACUCGAGCAGAUGCGGGGACGUCUCGAAGCCUUGAAGAGCUGA